CCAGGGCUGUGCUGGGGGACAGGGACAGGGCAGGACCCUGGCAGAGCCGAGCCGUGCUCAGCAGUGCCCGGGUGAGCACGGGCUCGCUUUGUCCGGCUCUGUCCCCGCCAGCACCGGGGCCACCCGGCCCCGCAGCCCGGGAUGGGUCCCCAAAGGGAUUGGCAGUGAAGUGUCCUCUCCCUUCCUCUUCUCUCCCUCUCCCUUCCCCUCCUUCCUGUCCCCUCUGUCCCCCGAGCGGACGGGAUGCACCGUCCCCUGGGGCUGCUGUCCCCUCCUGCGGCGCAGCCGCGGCCGGGCCAGCGGCGGGGUGAGACCCUACCGUCCCUCGGGUGACAGCGGGGCCAGACCCUACCAUCCCUCGGGUGACAGUGGGGCCGGACCCUGCUGUCCCUCGGUCACCGGUUUUCCCCUCCAGCAGCGGAGCGCUGUCACCGGGCGGGGGGAAGGCCCCGUGGCCAGGCAGGGGACAGUCCCCAGCACGGGGACAUGGCACAGACAUGGCUGGAUUAAAGGCUGUUUCCUGGCCGCGGACACGUCCCCAGCACCCGUCAGGGCUUUGUGGCUCGUCCCCUGGGACCCCAGCAGCCUGAGAGGCACAGCUUGGCCAGGGGACACGCCCCGGGAUGGGAUGGGGACGGCAAUGGGGACAGGGAUGGGGACAUGGAUGGAAACAAGGGUGGGGACUGGGAUGGGGGGCGGGUUCCCAUCGGCAGCCUCGGGGCCGAGUACACGCCGUGGUGCCGCGGGGACAGCUCGGGGCCCUGCGGCCACCGUGUCCGUGUCCGGUGGGGUCCCGUGUCCCGCGGUGGUGACAGUGACCCGCGCAGCCCCCGCGGCGCUGCAGGAGAGGACGCUGCUGGUGGCCAAGCCGGACGCGGUGCAGCGGCGGCUGCUCGGGGACAUCAUCCAGCGCUUCGAGCGCCGAGGCUUCAAGCUGGUGGCCAUGAAGCUGCUCCAGGCGGACCGGAGGCUCGUGGAGCAGCACUACGAGCAGCUGCGGCUGAAGCCCUUCUACCCCGCGCUCGUCGCCCACAUGACCUCGGGGCCGGUGGUGGCCAUGGUGUGGGAGGGCUACAACGUGGUGCGGUGCACGCGGGCCAUGGUUGGGGACAGCAGCGCCGUGGGGACAAUCCGCGGGGACCUCAGCGUGCACAUCACCAGGAACGUGGUCCAUGCCAGCGACUCCGCGGAGACAGCCCAGCGGGAGAUCGGCUUCUGGUUCCAGCGGGACGAGCUGGUGGCCUGGGACAGCAGGGACAGGGACAACAUCUACGGGCUCUAGGAUUGGACCCUGGCCGCGGGCACCCCCGCCCCCAAUAAACCCCGGUGACCCCAGCUCUGACUCUGGUCUCCUCCCUCGGAUGUCACCAGGAAGCUCUGGGAUGGCACUGGGAGACUGGGGUGACACUGGGAAGCUCUGGGAUGUCACUGGGAGACUGGGGUGACACUGGGAAGCUCUGGGACGUCACUGGGAGACUGGGGUGACACUGGGAAGCUCUGGGAUGUACUGAGGUAACACCAGAGGG